AUGCUAACACCGUGUCCCUUUCCCUCAUCAGCACCUCCGACUGUCCGCAUUAUACACUCGGGGCAUGCCUGUAAUGUUGAGGAGGAGAGACACACGGAGAGAGUCUACACCAUCAGGGAGGGAGAAACCCUGGAGCUCACAUGUCUGGUGACGGGCCAUCCUCGGCCACAGAUCCGAUGGACAAAGACAGCUGGCAGUGUUUCAGACCGUUUCCAGGACUCCAGUGUGUUCAACGAGACGUUGCACAUUGCAAAGAUCCUCAGGACCCAGGGGGGUCGCUACUAUUGCAAAGCUGAGAACGGCCUUGGUUCCCCCGCCAUUAAAUCCAUCAGGGUGGACGUCUACUACCUGGAUGACCCAGUGGUUACGGUGCACCAAAGCAUAGGAGAGGCCAAGGAGCAGUUCUAUUAUGAGAGGACUGUAUUUCUCCGCUGUGUGGCCAAUUCCAACCCGCCCGUCCGUUACAGCUGGCACCGUGGCAGAGAAGUCUUGACGCAGGGCUCAGACAAGGGAGUGGAGAUCUACGAGCCGUUUUUCACACAGGGGGAAACGAAGAUUCUGAAGCUGAAGAACCUGCGUCCUCAAGACUACGCCAACUACAGCUGCAUCGCCUCUGUCAGGAAUGUGUGUGGGAUUCCUGAUCGAAGCGUCAUCUUCAAACUCACCAAUAAAACAGCCUCCCCAUCCAUCAAAUUGCUGGUGGAGGAUCCUAUCGUGGUAAAUCCUGGUCAGACAGUCUCCUUGGUGUGCAUCACGACCGGGGGGGAGCCACCCCCCCUCCUCACCUGGGUCAGCAGCAAUGACAGCCUGCCACAGAGGAGCGUGGUGAAGGGGGGCACCCUCACACUGCCGGCCAUCACCUCGGACGAGGCCGGUGUUUACAGCUGCGUCGCCAGCAACAACGUGGGAAACCCUGCCAAGAAAUCCACCACCAUAGUGGUGCGAGCUUUGAAGAAGGGGCGAUUCUGGAUCACUCCUGACCCUUACCACAAUGAUGACAACAUCCAGAUUGGACGCGAAGUGAAGAUAUCUUGUCAGGUGGAGGCAACACCUCCAGAGGAGCUGACAUUUAGCUGGCUUAAGAACGGCCGUGGCCUGCGGAGCUCGGAGCGUAUGGUUAUCACCCAGACGGACCCUGACAUCUCACCCGGGACCACCAACCUGGACAUCAUCGACCUCAAGUUUACCGACUUUGGCACAUACACCUGCGUGGCGGCGCUGAAGGGAGGAGGCAUCCCUGAGAUCAGCAUUGACGUCAACAUCUCCUCCACAACUGUCCCUCCUUUGUUUUUCUCUUUCUUAGUUCCCCCCAACCUGACAGUCCCCCGGGGCAAGUCCCCCCUGGUGGCCCGCGAGGGUGACACAGUGGAGCUGGAGUGCCUUGUUUCAGGAAAGCCCAAGCCCAUUAUCCUGUGGUCGCGAGUGGAUAAGGAGGCGCCCAUGCCCGAUGGCAGCAUGCAGAUGGAGAGCUACGACGGCGUGCUGCGGAUUGUGAAUGUAUCCAGAGAGAUGACCGGCUCGUACCGCUGCCAGACCAGCCAGUACAACGGGUUCAACGUCAAGCCUCGUGAGGCGGUGGUAGAACUUAUCGUACAAUACCCUCCAACAGUGGAGCCCAUGUCCAUGGAGAUGCGUCAGGGCCUGGGGAGGCCGGUGGUGAUGACCUGCAGGGUGCUGCGAGCCCACCCGUCCCGGGUGCUGCGAUUCGAGUGGCUGCUCUCCAACCGGCUACUCCACGCUGGGGCCUUUGACGCCCAGAAAGAUGAGACGGAGUACACCAUCCGCAGCCUAAAUCGAGAUGGCUGGGGCGAGUACACCUGCAAUGUCAUCAACGAGGCUGGAGCAGGAAAAUGCACCUACCAGGUCACAGGUAAAGCCUACGCCCCGGAGUUCUACUAUGAUACCUACAACCCUCUCUGGCAGAACAGGCCCAGGGUUUAUGGUUUCAAGCUGCAGUGGACCCAGAUGAACCCCAACGCCGUGGACCGCAUCGUGGCCUACAGACUGGGCAUCAGACAGAUGGGGCAGCAGCGCUGGUGGGAGCAGGAAAUCCCGGUGGAGGGCACCCUCAACAGAGGCGAGCUCAUAACACACAACCUGACUGAGCUGAUAAAACCAGAAUCCUAUGAGGUGCGCCUCACCCCCAUCACGCGCUUCGGAGAGGGUGACUCCGCCAUCCGGAUAGUCACUUACAGCGCUCCCAUCAACCCUCACCUGAGGGAGUUCCACUGCAGCUUUGAGGAUGAGCCUAUCUGCAUGUUCACCCAGGACAAGAACGACGAUUUUGAUUGGACGCGGCACAGCGCUGCCACCCGUGACACCAAGUACACGCCCAACACAGGUCCCAGCGCUGACCGCGCCGGUUCCAAGCAGGGUUUCUACAUGUACAUUGAGACCUCAAGACCCCGCAAGGAAGGGGACCAGGCACGACUUAUCAGUCCGUUUUUCAACAUAGCACCUAAAAGCCCCUAUGGUAUCACCAAUCCACCUGCCUACUGCUUUGGCUUCUUCUACCACAUGUAUGGAAAACACAUAGGCACACUUAACGCCUUCCUAAAACAGAAGGGCCAAACGACCUCGGAGGGUCCUGUGUGGUCGCUCAGUGGUAACCAAGGUGAGCGGUGGAAGCAGGCCAAAGUAAGCAUCCAUCCAACAUCGUCCUUCCAGGUUGUCCUUGAAGGUAUCAGGGGCCCAGGAAUUGAGGGGGACAUUGCCAUCGAUGAUGUCACGCUGGAGGAAGGGGAGUGUCGAGACCCGCCGCCCAAUAUCAGCGCCAAGGCUCUGUCCACAUCCUCCCAUAUAUGGCUGCUAUGUGUCACCUUGGUGCUGACCCUCCUAGAAGCUACCGACUUAUCUUUUAACACUGUGCUCACGAGUCCAAGUGGCCAGCCGACGGCGUGGUGGCAGGAGAAUCAGCAGAGGUGUGGGCAGCGGGAGAAGUGGGUGGGAGUGGGCUCCACCCAGGCCUUCACCCGCCCACCGGGCGAGCGGGACGCAGGCUCGCUCCCCGAUGGAGUGCAAAGUGUGGAGGGCACUCAUCAGAUCCAUUUUGCGUCACUCGACAGGACAGAAUGGGCGGGAUGA